AGCAGACUCACGCCUUCACUGCCUAUAGCUGUCUCUAUUUUCCCAUUUAUCUUCUCUUCUUCCUUCUUCGGUCCUGGAAAAGGGACGGCUCGUGGACCCGCAAUGUGGAGCAGAACCAGCUUCGUACUCUGGUCCUGAGAUGGAGUCUGCAGUCAUCUCCUAGGACUUGCACAAUAUUUGCCUGGAGAUGCAGAUCAUGGGUCGAAUUUGGGGACCACGUUCAAGGGCUGCUCCCACCGGGCAUACUGCCAUAGCACAGCUUUGCUUGUGACCGACAAGCCUUGACCCAUGCCCAAUUGCUUCAUAAUGAUACCCACUUUAUCUCUUCCUGGAGUCUGGAGAUGGGUCUCCUUGUAAUAGAAUUUUCAAGCGGGGCCUACAUGAAUAAGUGUGAGCACCGUGAUGCUACAUCCUGAAAUGCUUAGGAUGUCAUUGUUUCCGGGGACCCUCGCACGCUCGUCCUGCAGUUAAUGUUGGGUGUAUAUCUAGUUCUGGAGGGGAAUUGACCUUCGGUCUUUCCUUGGUCAAUUCUUGUGCCCACUGCCAGGCUAUACCGUCCUUGAGGCUUUGAAGAUGUCCUCAGAAAGGCCCUCAAACCCGUAUAUACCGGGUCAAUCACCUUACACAGACCGCCAGCAUACAGUGAGAGCUACUGCCGUUGCAGUAUCCGUUGUAGCAGCUUUCUUCGUUUGUCUCAGGCUUUUAUCGAGAUAUAUAAGACGGAUCAAGCUAGGACUUGAUGAUGCCUUCAUCGUUGCUGCACUGGUAUUUACCUUCGCUUCAAUGGCCCUUGCUCUGCUGUCCGCACAUUACGGGAUGGCGGUCCCCACUGAUAGAGUACGCCCCCAAGACACGAGAACAAUUCUGAUGAUAAUGGUUCCUUGGGAGUGCGUAUAUUGCACAGGGGUCGUCCUGGUCAAACUUUCCAUUUUAUCAUUCUACAGCCGCAUAUUCGAGACUCGAACCUUCAAGACUGCGGCUUAUAUUCUUUCCUUCACGACGAUUUCAUGGGGAAUUGCCAUUAAUUGCGUCAGCAUAUUUCAAUGCACCCCGGUCCACAGGGCAUGGGACGUGAUGGCAUCCGGUAGCUGCAUCGACACGAAAGCGUCGUUCAUUGGGAAUGCGGUACCUAAUAUUUGUACCGACUUCUGCAUCUUACUGUUGCCGAUGCCAGUUAUAUGGCGGCUUCAUGCGUCUGUUCUCCAUCGUUUAUCUAUCGCCACGAUUUUUAUCCUAGGGGGAUUUGUUAUAUUUGCGAGUAUCUAUCGCUUCAUAACGCUUUUCUCUAUGGACUUCCAGGACGUGAGCUACACCUUCUCAAAUCCAAGCCUUUGGAGCCUGAUUGAAGUCGCUUUCGGUAUUGUAUGCGCUUGUCUUCCUACCCUCCGACCACUCCUUUCUACUUUUUUCGAUGCGUUCAACUCCACUCUAGAGUCCACUCGCAACAGCACCAGCCAUCCAACUCAGCGCCCAAGAGCGUAUGAAAACGGUUACAAAAGGAACAUGGUAGACCAGAAGGGUGGGGAACCGAAACGAAAUUUCCAGAGGAUCAACGAACUUGAACACCAACUCAACCCAGACGCAAAACGGCGCUCCAAAAAUCAUUUUAUUUCUGUAGCCCGGUCCAACAGGGGGAAUAUAACACCUUUCGAAGAGGAUAUCUCCACUACAUCCGGGGAUGAAGUACCGUUAAAUGCGAUUAGGGUCAAAAAUAGCGUGGAAUGGCAGGUUGCUGCCCGAUGA